UUCUUUCCAUUGUAAGAGCGGCCCCUUGAGUAUCUGGUCAAUAUAAUGGAUAAUCUGUGAUGUAAAUGAGCCAGUCCUGUUGGUGGCGGCAAUGCACGUUACGAGAACGUUAUGAAGAAGACGGCCAACGACAUUUCCUGUACACACCGGAAAUGUGUUUCGUUCUGUUAUUGUUAGCAUGAAUGUAACUAGCUAGCUAAUUUCGAAUAUAACAGAAACAUAUUGAUUAGCAAUUGUGUUGAUUUAUUCGAAGUUCAACGUACCUGGCUAGACUCUAGUUGGCUGAUAAACCAGCCUGGGACGAGAUUGCCACCUGAGAUACGUUGUCUGAGUGACACCUGCCGAAUGUAGCAACAUUAUAUUAUUCAACAUUUAUUCGAAAUCUCUGGACUGUGAACAAGAUCAUGGAAAAAGAUAUACGGGCAGGUGCUGCAGCUGCAUCUGUGGUUGGGGCACCGAUGGGAGCAGCUGGGACACAGAGCCGGUCAGAGGACGAGGAGUCGACCGGGAUGAAAGAUAUCAAAAGAACAGCAACACAGGCUUUUGUUGGGGGUGGCGGUGUUGUGCCCAAUCGCAGGAGCUCUUCAAGGUCAAUUAAGAGGAAGAAGUUUGAUGAUGAACUAGUGGAGAGCAGCCUGGCCAAGUCAUCCAGCAGGGUCAAGGGCCCACCUGUCAUCGAGCCAAUCCGCUGCUCUGGGAGCGAACCCUCAUCCAAUGAGAAGAAGAAGAUGUCCAAGUCCAGCACGGCCCUCACGCCGCCCCUCACCAUGGUUAUCACCCACCCGCCCAUCGCCAAGAGAGUGAAGAAGAGCAAGCAGCCCCUCCAGAUCACUAAAGACCUGGGCCGCUGGAAAUCCACCGAUGACCUGCUGCUCAUCAAUGCUGUGCUACAGACAACAGAUCUGACCUCUGUUCAUCUGGGAGUGAAGUUCAGCUGUCGUUUCACCCUGAGGGAGAUCCAGGAGCGCUGGUACUCUCUGCUCUACGACCCCGUCAUCUCCAAGUUGGCAUGGCAAGCGAUGAGGCAGCUUCAUCCGGAGGCCAUUGCUGCGAUCCAGAGCAAAGCUCUCUUCAGUCAGGCUGAGGAGGCUCUGUUGGCCAAGAUUGCCUCAAGCAGUCAGCCCAAGCUGGAGGUGUUCCAGGAGCUGCUGAGUAAGCACCCCAGUGUGUUCUACCCCUCCCGCACUCCCAAGAGCCUGCUGGUGCACUGGCAGCUGCUCAAACAGUACUACCUGCUGGAGGACCAGAGUGUCCAACCUUUCCCUAAAGGCGACCAAGUCCUCAACUUCUCUGAUGCUGAGCAGCUGGUGGAUGAUGCUAAGCUAAAGGAGAGCAGGGAUGAGGUGCUGGAGCAUGAGCUGAUGAUCUCUGACCGCCAUCAGAAGAAGGAGAUAAGACAGCUGGAGCAGGAGCUACCACGCUGGCAGGUACUGGUGGACAGCAUCACAGGUAUGAACUCUCCAGACUUUGACAACCAGACACUGGCAGCGCUGAGAGGCCGGAUGGUUCGCUACCUUAUGAGGUCACGAGAGAUCACCCUGGGCAGAGCCACCAAGGACAAGCAAAUAGAUGUGGAUCUGUCUCUGGAAGGACCUGCCUGGAAGAUCUCCAGGAAACAAGGGAUCAUUAAACUGAAGAACAACGGGGACUUCUUCAUAGCCAACGAGGGCCGCAGGCCCAUCUACAUAGACGGUAGACCAGUCCUGUCGGGCAACAAGUGGAAACUCAACAACAACUCUGUGGUGGAGAUUGCAGGUCUUCGUUUUGUGUUCCUGAUCAACCAGGAGCUGAUCUCACUCAUCAAGGCAGAAGCAGCUAAGAUGAACCAGCAGUGAGAGAGCGAGCGAGAGAGAGAUGCCAAGAUAGCUGCUUUUAGCAACGCUGGUGUAUUGACACACAAGCAUUGCUGGGAAUUGGGUUGCAAAAACUGAACAGUCCACAGGCCAGAAGUUAAUACAAUUCUAUUUCAACUUACUCUGCCGGUGGUCUUGACGGUUGGUCCUUAUAGCGAGGGGAAUUUGAGACAAAAUAUAAAAAAGAACGUGGAAAGUCUGUUAAAUAAUAUCUUUAGAUAAUUUGUCUCAAAUUCCCCCAGUUAUAAAGACCAACACUGGCUUCCCACUGACUGUUUUUUUGCAACCCAAUUCCCAGCAAUGCUAGUGAGUCAAUGCACCAGCGCUGCUAAAAGCAGUUAAGGGUAAGACACAUGCCUGUGUGCACUGCCCAGCCAGCUCCUCCAUACAGAGCAACGUACGGUGGCCUCUAAUGGACACACUGUACACCACCAGGAGCCUAGUAGACGAGGACCACAUGAAGGACCAUAGACUUGAAAUAAAGGAACCUGGAACCUCUUUAGUCAUGGUUAUACAGUGGAGUAAGAGCACGACACCCACAUACACACUCUGAAUGGUUGUGGUAUUUGGUUACAUCACAUACCUUUCCGCUGCUGGACAUUUUAGGGUGAAUCUCAUCUCAAAGAACCUCGAUGAUACUUUCCUUGUAACCACAGGACCAUAACACCAGUUUAGUCUUGUUUUAAAGUUUAAAUUGGGAUUCGUAUCAGGAGGUUCCACAGUGCCUUUAAGACAAUGCAUUUGUUUUAAAACUGUGUUUCCUUUUUGUUCAUACAGAUAGGUUUAGGUUGAAUUGGUACAUGCAAAGAUACAUUUAGGACCAGGAUAGGGAAUCACUCGUAAAAGUGAUAUUGUGUGUGUAUGUAUGUAUGUAUGUAUGUAUGUAUUAGUGCUACUUAAGCCAAAGCCAUGUAAAAGUCAAUGUGACAGUUUGUUAGAUUUUUGUAUGAAAGCUUGGAUUAAAAUGUCAUAAAUUGA